AAAUUGUCUAUGAUUGGCAUUGGAUUAGACUGGUUUGGUUGUGUUUGUGAUCAUUUGGUUAUAAUAGUUGGAAAAUGAAUAACGAUUUAAGUGAAAAUAAAAAUUAAUAAUAUUUAUAAUGAAAAGUUGAUUCCAUUGAAAACCGUAUAUUAGAAGGACCUAUCAACAAGUUACUUAACAUCGAUCUUUAUCAUCCACCUGUCAUCGAGUGUUCAGCGCGGAGUGUGGUGUUUUUCUCAGGUACCAUAAUGAUUUCAGAUGAGUCAAGCAGUGAUUCGGAAACAGGUAGAUUCAAGGGUCGAGCAAAGACCCAAGAUGAUAAAUCUACUAAUCCAAAGGCUGAUGAUAUUAGAGACUUGGGAAGAAGUAGACAAUCUGGACCUGAUAGAUUUAAUAGAAAUUUUGACAGAAAAAGAGAAGAGCGAUCCCGCUCUGAUAGAUAUUCUAGAGAUAGAGAACGUGAACGUGAUAGACACAGGUUUUCUAGAUAUUCUCCUGUAAACAGAAGGAGACAUUCAAGGGAAAGAAGUCCAAAUAGAAAAUCUCAUGAGAGUAGGCUCAGAGAAUCUAGUGAUAAGCCAAGGGUUAAAGAACAUAGAAGUAGUAGUAGAGAUAGACAUAAACAUUCUGGGUCCACUUCUCGAUCUUAUGUAGCUCAUGAUUUUAGAAAAGAAAAAGAAAUUAAAGAAGAUGUACGUCGUAAACCUGAUCAUGGUAGUAGUGAAAGGUCCAUAAAGAAAUCAAAAGAAAAAUCAUUAUCUCCUGAUCAUAGAUCCAAGCGAUCUGAAAUUUAUAUACCCCCACCUGCUGUUGCGCAAAAAAGAAAAAGUGAUAGCCCAAUAGUUAUUGAAGAGCAUGAUAGUGAUGCAUCUGCGGAAGUACAGCCUGGCUCUUAUUAUAAUAUGAUCCCAGCUGUUGUUAAGGAGAAGACGGAUGAAUCUAGUGAGAUUGAUUCUUCUGAUGAUGAGAGGCUACGGGCGAAACUUCUGAAUUUAGAGAAAGAACUACAAAAAACAAAAAAGAAGAAACAUAAGAAAAAACACAAGAGAAAAAGUUCAAAGUCCAGCAAAGACAGGGAGAGGGACGCUUCAGUAUCAGUAGAAGUAAGUAGCACAACUGACAUUGAUGUAAAAGCUGAUGUUGCAAAACACCAAAAUGAGCCUGUAGAAGAUGUGGUGGUCUCUUCCACACAAAAAGGUGCUCAAAAAGAGAGUUGCGAAGAAGGCGAGAUAUCAAGUGAUGAUUCUCAGAGUGCAAUUGAAAUUGAUCCAACAGACUUGAGACACAAGUUGAGGCGCUCGGCUCCCAGGGGCGACGACCAGUCUGCCGUGGACGUGUGCGGGCCCGCGCUACCGCCACAUCUCGAGAAACGGUUCGAGCGAAGCGCCUCACCAAAUACGGAGGGUCCUGCUCUACCACCCCACCUUGUCAAGAAUUCAAAAAAUAUAGGGCCUUCUAUACCUGAUGAUAUGCGCAAAGUACUAGCUGAGAGAGAAGUCGUGAAAUACGAAAGUUCCGAUGAAGAUAUUGGCAUUGGACCUUUACCAGCUGGCUCAGAGGAAAAAUGGUCCGAUGCGCACCGGCGACUCGAAGAGAGAGCGUUGGAUAUAAAGAUAAGGAAUUUAGAUGGCCAAUCAGAUACCAGUAAGGUAAAAACCAGGGAACAAUGGAUGUUGGAGCUGCCUGAGGGCAAAGCGAAAAUUAUCGGAUUGGAGGCGCGGAGCUUCAGAGCCAAGGAAGGCCCUGAUAUGUCAGACAGAUCGAGUUGGACAGACACUCCAGAAGAGAAGGCAAGGAAAGCAGCUGGAGUUGUGAAAGAAGAAGAUGUGGAAAUGUCCCUAAAACAAGAAGCGAGGAUGCGCCACAUCGCUUCCAGAGACGACGAGCAAGAAGCAGCUGUCAAAAAACAUAAAAAGAAGCACAAGAGAGAAGAGAGUCUCCUAGAUUUACAUCAAAAGAAAUUGAAAAAGAAGAAAAAGAAGGAUGAAAAAGAAGACGGCAAAAAGGAACGUCGUCCGUUCAGUCGAGACGUGGAUCUGCAAGUCAACCGUUUCGAUGAAGCACAGAAGAAAUCCAUCAUUAAGAAAGCACAAGACUUGAACUGUAGGUUUUCAAGAGGAGAAGCUAAAUAUUUAUAGAGGUACUGGGAGGGAAUAGCAGAGUUAUACCAGAUUGGUGUGUAGAUGUAAGGACUUGUUCUACAUAGAUUUGUCAUUAACAAACAGUAAUCUGAUUGGUGCACAGCACUACCUACUGUUUGACAUGUACAAAUUUUACAGAUUUUGUACAAGGGGCUUCUAAGGAAAUAAUUAGGUAGAACAAUAUAUUUUCAUACAAACUUACCAGCAAGUUGUUACUUUGGAAAUAACUUUUUAAGUAGUUUUUAAUGAAUCCUUGAACUUUACAUGGCCUCCCAGUGGAUUGUUUCAUUGUUUUAACAAAUAAUGUUCUUUGUGCAAUAAAAUCCUGUAUACUUCUAGCUGUUUACCAUAAUAUGACUAUUUUGAAUGGGAUUCAUGCACCCUAGCUGUGCUGUAGAGCAGUCUUUCGACUCAUAAACUCUGAAGUAUAUUGUAUCUAAUUUUAAAUUAUGUAUAAUUUGUUGUCUGUGUUGACGUAGCACACGUCCUCUAUACAAAGCGGAAUGAAAUAAGCGAAUUAUAAUAUUAAGCUGAACAUAAUUUUAGUUAACUGAAUUAUAUUGAAGUAUGAACUUUUUAGUUUUAUCUCCGUUUAGGAAAUUACUGUGGUAAACGAUGUUUCUUCUGUCGUAUGCUUCGACCGCGAUAUUGCAUAAUAUUAUUUUAGUGAAGCACGGCUACGAGGACGUAGAUGAAUGUAUUAGCUCUAACGGGCUCACGCUUUGGUUUAGCCAUCACAAGCACUGUAGUACACCGGAAAAGUGGCACUUAAAUAGAUAAAACAGAAAUACCUAUUUAAGUAAAGUACUUACAUGAUGCUGUCGUACCGAUGUUGCAAUCAAAUUAUCAACAGCUAUGUUAUAGACAAAGAUUUUAAUAUGAAUUUUAAUGCCACACUGCACUGUAAAUGUUAAUGUCACAAAAAAUAUUGAGGUUUGCAUAAACAUUAUGUAUCUUUUCGCGCGGCCAAUGAUGACAAUAGUCCAAAAUAUUUUUUAUUAAUUCAAUACACCUGUUAUUGACAAUUUCGUGGAGCCAAUCAAAUGUUAUCAAACCAUUGUUUAACUCUUGAUGCAUUGUAAUAUCAAAUACGCAAGAUGGAUACAAGUAUUCCGUUCUACCAAUACCUACAGUUUACAUUUCAAAGCAUUUUAUUUCCUUGACAUAAAUUAUCCAAUGUAUAGUUUUUCUAAGAAUUGAAAUAAAGAUUAUACUAAUAGACGGUAAUACCAUUCAUUCGCUGUAAAAGAAAUAGUGCUGGAAGCUAUUUUCAAGUUCCAGUCCUAUGAUAUUAUAUUCUUUUGUCACUUUGGCCGCGCAUCCUCCUUUACUUCGAAAUCACUGUUUUACAUUUUAUUUGAUGUUAUGUAAGUCGGCAUGCUUCCCAGCAUAAUCGACAAAUGGAUUUCAUUCUCCUGGUUCAACAAGGACAAUGUACAAAAACUACACAUACAUGGCAAAACUAGUGUUGUAAAUAUACGAUUUUACCCUUA